GUCAUGGCUACUUUAGAAGUAGCGCAAUGCCAAUAGCCAUUGUAUUCAGUCAGCAUGCGUCUCAGCUCGUCUCAGUUUUUGUGCUGGAUCAGACUGAUUAUCUUCACUCUAUCAAGGACAGGCUAUCUGGUAGCAGUUAGUUUUCUUUCCUGUGUGAAAACAGUGUUGCCAGUGUAACAGGUUGAUUCGAUGAUAGCCUACACCGUGUGCGCGAUGGUUCUAGUUCUGGAAACACAUUUCUACCACGCCUAACCCUAAAGUCCAUUCUGGCGAACGUUAGUCGCGAAGAUGCAGCUGGGCGCUUUGGUAUCGUCCAGUUUGAACAUCACCAUCAAUGGCAGCAGCUAUGUAAGCAAUAAUUUUUCGAUUGGCCCAAGCAUCUCUGCAGCACCGUUUACCACGGCUAGCGAUGGUGGUGGUGACAGUAAGAAGUGCCACUUGAUGGAUAGAAACGCUGUUAUUGUGCAAACGAUACUGGCUGCCUUGGCGUUUAGCACUCUGUUACUGAAAUGGUACCGUGAGUCAGCGCAUGAGAAGCGACCGUGUGCCGUAUGGUUAGCGGAUACGACAAAGCAAAUCGUUGGUGCUGGGGUGGUGCACAGUCUGAACGUUCUCGUCUCGUCUUUCAAUCAAAUUGAAGAUCCAUGCACUUGGUAUCUGAUCAACUUUGUCUUGGACUGCACACUGGGCCUUAUCGUGAUUUUCAUUGUUCUGGCUAUUGCCAGGUACAUUGGUAAAGUGCGCUUGUGGCCAAGCUUGAACUUGGGCGAGUAUGGAGAGCCAUUCCAGUGGCGUUACUGGCUUAUUCAGUGUGGAGUGUACGUGCUGGCUAUGCUCAUUGAAAAAGGAUGUGUGCUGGGAUUUGUUCAAGCUGGUUUCUGGAGAAAGGUUGCUGAUGUGCUCCUUGAGCCUAUCCAUAACACCACUGUCAGGAUGGUUAUCGUCAUGCUCAUUGUUCCGUUCGUAUUUAAUGCUUUGCAGUUCUGGGUUGUGGAUAACAUUCUUAAGCGAAGGCAGCGAAAAAAGAAGGCAAACGGGUCAAAGAAUCGUGCAGGUGACUGCGAUUCGAAUCUCAAGGAAUCCCUGCUCCAAGAUGAAACAGAGCCAGGGACCGGGAGAGGGUCAGAAGAUCUAUCUGCAGCAGCAGUCUCAGCAAAAGUUAUGCCAGGCAUUGCCCUUCGUGUGCUGGGCAAAGGAUAUUCGAAGUUGAAACAGGAUUCCGGUGCUACAUCCGAUGACACUGAUCACGCAUACAGCAGUGGAAGAGAGCUGGCAGUGUAGUCGAAUAGUCAGCACAGGCAUCAUUUUUAAACUCAGAGUUUUCGGAAUCUAUAAUAAUAAUUAUUAGCAUUGCUGGCUAGAAAGCAGGCCUUGAACCAACCCUUGUGCAUCAUACUAUUCACAGUGAGCUGGUGGUGUCUGUGUUACGGGUACAUGCAUUAUGACCGGCCCGGCAUUUACUGAUAGUGUCUAAGUGCUGUGCACCGCUGGAAGUGUAGUAAUACCUGUAGUGUAGGCUGUUGAUAUGGCACAUAGUCUUGCCGUGUUGCCCUGUCUGCCUGUGUGACCAUAAUUUUUUCAUACCACCUACCUGCAGUCACUGUUGACCAGUGACGUUGAGCUGCAUUAGUGCAUUGCAAAAUUUUAUACUGAUCCCACACAGCCAGGGGAAUUCUGCGGAAACAGCCCUGGUCUGAGAGUAAGGAUUAUUGAUUUUUUCUGGUGCUCUGUGUAGAUUUUUGAUGUCUUGAUUUUCGCUUCUUUACGCAAGCAGCAGUGGAUUCAUAUAUAAAUUAAUGUGAUGCCAAUCUAGUGAUAUUAAUUUUAUUGCUCUGAGAGACAGUGAGAGUGAACUAA